CUGCUGUCGGCUGUUGUCCUGGUAACGAUGGCAGCCGUGGGUCGGACGGAGCCGCUGCGGGAGCCCUGUUGUUACCUGCGCCGCUUCCGAGAUAUAUAAAGAGUAAAAGCGAGGUGACAGUAGAUUUUUGUCUGCUGGAAAAUGACGCUGGAGAGACAGUGAUGCGGGACAAGGAAAUGUCGGAUGAACGGAAUAAGUAUUUUGCAUUAGUCUUAACUGUGGAAGAUACCAGUAGUAUGCCAGAUGUUCAAGAGUGUCAGGAUGCAGAAUGGAUAUUAAUAUUAAGAAGCCCCUUCAACCUACCCAUCUAAGCAGUGAGCAAGUAGCUGUGGAGAUCUGGUCACUCUGUUUUCAGCUUGAUCUUCUUAUUCGGGCAGAAGUUCAUCAGUUACAGGAACAGCUAAGAGAAGAUAAAAGCCCUGUGGAAUCAGAAUCUUUUCAUUCAAGAGGUAUAUAUUAUGUUGAAAGAAUUAAACAUUUUCUGGAGCAUCUACCAGACCCUGUUCCACAGUUGGAGGAUUACCUGGAUUCUCAAGGAUUGUCAACAUUGUUUCCCCGUGUUGAAAUAUAUGUGAUCCAUGGUAGACCUGUUGAUAUGCUGGAACGGCCUACUACAGAUGAUUAUUUUUCCCAUAUUGGGAAACUAAAUCAACUUUUGGUUUUAAGUCAACAACUGGAAGAUGAUGUUCAGCAUCUGGGAAGUCAUAAGUACAUAGCACAUCAACUUUCAGUCUUGUAUAAAGUUUUGAAUUACUUCAGUGGAUAUAAUGCAUUUGAUGUACUAAUAAGAGACAUCGAAGCUAAUUUCAAAGCUUUAAAAUCUGCAUUGGCUGUUGUUGAGAGUCCUGAAGAGGAGCCUCUCCUACCAUACCAUUACGUAAACUGGAUACUCAGUCUUACUCACAGUAUCAUCAAAACUGUGUCAACCCUUCCUGAAGAGCUUACUGAAGAACUCUCAUUGGUCAUGUCUUUUGCUACGAACCUGAGAUGAUGCUCAAAGCAUGUAAACUCUCUGAGUAUGCUAGAGACUUUAAGUAGAUAUGUGUUGCACAGAAGAAGAAUCUGAAAACAAACAGCAAUUAGUUCUUUGCGAACUUAAUGGUCAAGAAAUUCUGUUGCAUAAUGUGUGCUACACGAUUGAAUUUCUACCAAUAAAACAUUUUGUUAUGGGAAGUCAGGGACUUAUUAUAUGAAUAGUAAACACGAGUCUCCACAGGUGCUGGAAAUCUAGAGCAACACUCACAAAAUGGUGGAGGAGCUCAGCAGGUCUAUGGAUGGGAAUUAACAGUUGACGUUUCGGGCCGAGACCCUCCAUAAGGACUACUAAAUA